AUCCAGAAGUACGUGAAGAGCCACUACAAGGUGGGCCAGCACGCCGACGUCCAGAUCAAGCUGGCUCUCCGGCGCAUGCUCGCCGCCGGCAUCCUCAAGCAGACCAAAGGGGUCGGCGCCUCCGGCUCCUUCCGUCUGGCCAAGGCCGACAAGGCGAAGAAGUCCCCGGCCAGGAAGAAGAAGAAGGUGGCCAGGAAAUCCAUGUCACCCCGGAAAGCGGCUAGGCCCAGGAAACCCAAGUCGCCGGCAAAGAAGCCCAAAUCCACCGCCGGGAAAGCCAAGAAGAAGUCGAGGGCCAGCCCAAAGAAAGCCAAGAAGCCAAAGACUGUUAGGGCCAAGUCGCUGAAGGGGUCCAAGCCCAAGAAGGCAAAGCGGUCGAAAGCCAAGCCCAGCGCCCGAAAAUCACCCAAGAAGAAGUGA